AUGUCGCAACUAGCAACCGUAUCUUCGUUCGUGGCAGGAGCGCCUCCAGGAGAGCUCGCAGAUGUCAUAGCCGACAUUAAAGCUCUGACCGUGGAUAGUCCAAAUCUGGUCUCGCAGCUAGGGCCUGCAUUCGAGAAAUACAACGAAGAGCAGUUCGCGACGGUCAAGCUGCCUGGAAGCAGUCAACACGUUAUUGUCAGCUCGCACAAUUCUCUCGGGGAUGGAAGAUACUACGAUGUCGAGAGCUCGUCUAGUUUCGCAUUCGAUCACAGUACACAGAAAGCUAGUGCGGUUCAGAGCUACGUGUUAGAGAGCAGUCAAUCUGAUUUAAUCAAGUCUCUGCUCAAAAGUCUCGGAACGCACAGCAAAGAGCACUAUCCAAAUGCAUCAUAUGGCGUUUAUCCAAUUGAGAGAGACUCAAAGAUCGCGAUAUUGGUGGUUGCAAACAAAUAUAGCCCAAACAAUUUCUGGAACGGACGGUGGCGGUCGCUUUACAUCUACUCUCCUUCCUCAUCUCAGCUAGAGGGCAGUCUCAAGGUUGACGUUCAUUACUAUGAAGACGGAAACGUUCGCCUUUUGACCACAAAACCAGUGUCAGUAUCGGUCUCUUCGGGAUCUGCUUCAACAAUCAUGCGAGAGAUCAGUGUAGCCGAGAAGAAGUAUCAAGAAGAAGUCAACAAGGGCUUUAAUAGUUUGAGCGAGGGAGCAUUUAAAGGGCUAAGGAGACAGUUGCCAAUCACGAGACAGAAGAUUGAGUGGGACAAAAUUGCGGGAUAUCGACUUGGUCAAGAUAUAGGUGGAGGAAGCUCUAAAAGGUAG